AUGGACUUCUCCCAGGAGGAAUGGGAGCUGCUGGAUGGCGCUCAGAGGGAGCUCUGCAGAGAGGUGAUGCUGGAGACCUGCAGGAACCUGGCCUCACUGGAAGCCUUGAAAAACCUGAUAUGGUCAUCGAGGAUGAAACUCUAUGAAUGUUUCCAGUGUGGGAAAGUGUUUAACCGGAGGCAUUCACUGAGUGAACACCAGAGAAUUCAUACAGGAGAGAGACCAUCUGAAUGUCAGGAAUGUGGGAGGACCUUCACACACAGCUCCACCCUCACUCGACAUUUGAGAACUCAUACUGGAGAAAAGCCCUAUGUGUGCAGUGAAUGUGGGAAAUCCUUCAACAGGAUUUCAUCUCUUACCCAGCAUCAGAGGAUUCACACAGGGGAAAAGCCCUAUAAAGGCAAAGACUGUGGAAAAUCCUUCUGCUAGAGUUCUUACCUGAUCUUGCACAAGCGAACACAUACUGGUGAGAAGCCCUAUGAAUGUAAUGAAUAUGGGAAGGCCUUCAGCAACCGCUCAUCACUUAACCAGCUUGAGCGAACUCACACUGGUGAGAACCCCUAUGAAUGCAAUCAAUGUGGAAGAGCCUUCGGCCAGAGGUCCUCCCUGGCUAGGCAUGGGAGAACUCACACUGGAGAGAAACCGUAUAGCUGUAACAAAUGUGGAAAAGCAUUCAGUCAGAGUUCUUCCCUUGUCACACACCAGAAAACUCACACUAGUAAAAACCACUAUAAAAUCAUUGACUGUGGGAAAGCUUUUUUAUAA